AUGGCGCAAGCAUUCUACGUUCGGAAUCCUUAUCCUGUGCCGGAUGUCUCCCGGGAAGGAGCUUGGAUAUCACGCGGACCCGUAUUGGGAGACAAAGUCUCACCAUCGGACAGAGACUGGAACGUCAAAUUGAGCGCCCACGAGCGUCUCUUCGCUCAUCACACUCUGAAUAGCAUUCGCAAAGAUCAUCGAUUCGUCAGAUUCCAGGUGCCGAAAGAUGCUCUCGAUUUCGCGCUAACCAGCGUUUAUGCUCACAGCCGAGAUACUUUGGUGCCAAAGAUGUACGUGCCGAUGCAGCCGGAAACGCUCGGCAAGGAAACUUGGCGCGUCUUGCGGAAUGAGAUCAAGAUUGUGCCGGAACCGCCUAAACCCGAUAGACCGAUGCACGUGAGCGGUCAUCCGGACGAGGAACUUAAAUCGUUAGUUCGGGCACCUUUAUCGACGGAUAAAUCGAAGUGUUAUAGCGGCUCAACUUUACCACGGAGAAUUCAUCCGAGCAGCGUGAAAUUAAAUAUCGAGGGUCCUCAUAUGGACCAAUCGAAUCCCGGAUACAGUCGCAAAAUCGACGGAACUUUUUACAGUAUUUAAACACGGAUUUGGACAGUGUUUGAGCGGCACGCUUGGAGAACGUUUGGAUUAAGCUGAAACCUGCAAUUCGCCGAAUGAAGUCUCUGCUUUUACAAAUACCAUUAUCGCUAUUGGCAUAAUCUGCCGAGAUUUGCAAUUUGGAGCGCUCGCGGCACUCAGAGGAGCAGUAAAUCGUCAACGUUAAGGUAAUAUAGGCGCGAAAUUGAUCGUAUUAAGAUUCCCGAGUGUCAUGAGGACGCGUAUGAUUAAAUCGCGUCAAUCGUCGCCGUUGUUUCACCGCGUGAACAACUAUCCGACUGUCCGAUUAUCCUUAUCUGAUUGUGUUGACAAAUUUACCCGAUGGCUCAGUGCUUCACGAGUACGUCUUGGUUAUCGCGAUCGGAGAUCUCCCGGCUGCCGCUCGUACUUUCGCCCCUUUGACAGUCCGACGUACAGGCGGUCGGAAGAUCGGCAGAGCGAACAGGCAGAAGCGUGAGUCAGUGCGCACCGAGUUCUCAGCUCGGCUCGACAGUGAGCCGAAGGGACAGAAUGUCCCAUUACCCGGGUAAUCCUUGUUUGUAAUAAACCAGCGCCCCGCUGCCAGCUCGGGGUGACAGUGGAGCCACCCUCCGCCGAGAAGGCCCGCGCGGAG